AUGGAUCGCAUAGAAAAUGCGUUUCAGCAGGCCGCUGCAUUUGCUGAUGCAUUUGAGCAUGAGCAAGCAAUAAAGGCUUUGAUAGAUGGCGGGGGUCUUGGUCCGUUGCUAGGAAAAGGCGCCGAUCUUAUACCACAUCUGCCCACCCUUCAUCUUUUUGCAAGUAUAAGUCUAGAGCUGGAUGAUGCAUAUGAGUUGGCUAUUGAAGCCUUUCCAAAUGAGCGUGGUAGCUAUGUCUUUCUUGCACCACUGCUUAGCGAUCCACGAGAUGCACUUGAGCUUUACACAAAGGCUCUUUCCCUCAAAGAAGCGACUGAAAGCCCAUCAUUAAAUGAUCCUUCUGAAAAACAACGCUUCGUUCAAGGAUCACACCCAACCACAGCUCAGAUCCACUGUGCAAUUGCCGAACUCUGGAUCACCGACCUGUGCAACGAACAGGACGCGGAUGCGAUUGCCACUGAGCAUCUUGCAUUGGCAGCGAUGGAAGAUCCUCUCUCCGCCGAAGUUGCGUAUCUUCAGGCACAGCUCUUUCUCAAUCAGUCGAAUAAGAUGGCUGCUCAGGUAGCUUUUGAGCGUGCCCUUUCCCUUCUUCCCAUAAAUAAUGAUCAAGAAUUGGAAAUAGAAGAGAAUCAGAUGCCGUCCAUGGAGCUAGUGCUUCAAAUAGCCAAGCUUGGCAUUGAGCUUGAGGCAUAUCGGCAAUCUAUUCCUCUUCUAGAAUGGUCUUUGGAGCUGCAAGAUGAUCUACCUGACCUUCAUUAUCUACUUGGCCUUGCCCUUCUCUCUUUACCGAUGGAGGAUGAGGAACGAGUGCUACUCGGACGGGAGCAUUUACUCGCAGCGAAAAAGGCCAAUAUUGAAGAAGCACACGAAGAGCCUUCAGCCCUUGACGGCUCCACUGUUGAGACGGCAUCAUUCGAAGAUAUGUUGGCACACAUUGAGGAGCUUCUGGCCGCUUCCGAUUAA